AUCGGUAGUACUAAGUUUGUAGUUGUUUCAGUAUACUUACUAAGUUUAUUGUCAUUUCAAUACUAAAUUUAUAUUCGUUCCAGCGUAAAUUGGUGCGUCAGACCUCUUACAACGCACUCUCCGACUGCCGCAGUGCUAAUUCAUAAGUUUUUCCAAUUUCACGUAAAUCACAGGGUGAUUUGUGCAUAGUGGAAAUCAACGCGACCACGCCCAUCUACCACACCAUUACUGUGCAAUUUUUACGCAGUCAAAUUUCAAGUGCACGAUCAUUUUAAAAGGUACAUUAUAUAACAAAACUAAAAACAAUAAUGACUUCAAUCUCAGGAUUCAUCUUCGUAAAUGACAUGGAGUUGGGACGCAAAUAUGGGACGCGCGUGAAUCAUACGACCUUAGAAGUCAAGGAUGUAGGUGGCACUUACACCGUGUUUUUAAAGUUGUUCCCGAAUAAUGUGAAAUCCACGUACUUGCUCGACGACUUGUAUAGCGUACAGUCUCAUGAGAAGAAAGUCGUGCUGACAUUUUUGAAACCGAAUCAUGAGUUGCUUGUAAUGUCCGAUGAUGUUGACAAAGUAACACAUUUCCUUAAGGAUCUGAAGUCCCUCACCAAAAAUCUGAUCUUGAAUAUCGGCGAAUCCUUUCUAGCCAAUGCUCUAAAAGCCUUCGGACAUAUUAACAACAACCCCAACAACUUGCAAAAUUUUAACCCAACUCACCUGAGAAUGAUCGCCCUGGAAAACUGCUAUUUACCACAUUUGCCUGAAGGAAUUGGACAUUUAACGCUUUCGAGUCUUAGCCUGAAUGGUAGUAGACUUAAUAUGUCGAAAUACGGUCAAGAUUUAUUCUGGGAUUGGAUGACUAAGGAUAAUAUAAGUACAUCGUUGACUGUGUUGGAAAUGAAUUCGAUCGGCUUAAACAAAUUGCCGUUUGAAAUCAUUCAUUUGAAACGUUUGCAAAAAUUGUCAGUAUCCAAUAAUAAAUUGACACAUGUACCUCAUUUCAUCGGUGAACUUCCACGACUCGUAACUCUAAUGGUUGAUGGUAACUCGUUAUGGUACUUCCCAAAAAUUUUAUUGGAUAGAGUCUUUCAGACUCUCAACAUUUUCAAUAAUCGGUUUAUCUAUUUAAAGUUUAAUGAGGAACAGCGUGAAAAUGUUGAAUUUACUGGUUUACAAAAUCCGCCAAAUUUAUCGGAUUUAUCAGUUUUGUCCCUGAUUAACAACUCUAUAAAAUUCAAGAGGCAAGAAAUACCUCGUCCCUUAUGGAACAGUUAUGAUUUUGUAUGCCGCUGUAGACUUUGUAAGAAGCUAUUUGUAUUCGAUGAAAAAUAUCAAAAGUUCACUUUUUCCAUUCCAAAAAUAGAACAAAUGGUGCGUAUUGAAAGCAUACAUUGGCAAUUUUUCGAUUGUCCUUCAUGUGUGCGCUUAGAAAAUAUUAAUGCCUAAUUAAUUUUUGUUUUUUAAUCAAGUAGUUCUUAUUAUAGAUUUAAAAAACUUAGCUUGCAUGUCUAUUAGCUGUUAAUUGCCACCUGUGUUGGCCUCUUGUAGUUAAAACACGGCCCGCCAGUUCCCCCAUCCAUAGUAGGUACUUACUUACCUACUGAAUAUUACCUAUAUACCUACCUACUGUCGAAUUUAAAUUACAAAUUUUCAUAUAACACUAUAAAACAUUUUACAAAAUAAAAGGAAAUAUUAUAAUAAGCGUUCAUUAUAAUGAGUAUUAUAAAAAAUAACUUAUUAUGUAAUCUGUUUAUACAAGUGAGAAACAUAAUAUCGAAUGAUAUAAUAAUAUUAUAUUAUAAUGUUCUAAUCAGUUAUCAGUUAUAUUUCUGAAAAAUAACUACCUAAUACAAUAAAAACCAAAGUUUACUAUAGUUAAGUAAUAUUGAAGUGACCAGUAGGUAGGAAAAUAGGUUCCAACUUCCAAUCAUAAAUUAAAAUAGGUACUUCUCAAUAUUGUUACAAUAUGAGAUUGAUAUAACAAAAGAAUAUUUUUAUGCCAUUUUUGCUUCUCAGUUUGACGUCUUAAUCGUUUCAAUUUUUGAUUCCAUUUGGACGUGUAGUUUUUGGCCUAUACCUACCUAAAAUUUAUCGAUUUCGAAGUUAUCUAACGGGAAGAUCUUUCAUACAGGAUUUAUUUACCCAUAGGUCCUUUAUUUUUUUUUUUUACUUACUCUUUGUUAUUACAUCCACUUAUUGUUAUUAACGUAAACUGGUUCUGUCAUAAAAAAAAAUGCAUCUAGCACAAUAGACAUUUGAAAAGUAGAUCUGCUUGCUGCACAUAAUAUCACAAUAAUGUCCUAUACAAAUGUACCCAACAAAAUUAGAUUUCUCUUUUAGAAUUUAAAAUCAAAUUGUGGCUUGAAUAGUGCUAUAGUGAAUAGUGAAUACGCUCUAAAAUAUAAUACUGGUUGUACUGUGGGACUGAUGGUAUUUUUGGUAUAUCAUUAGCCACUACCUACCGUUAUUAAAAUACCAGUAUCCAGUAUUUUUGGUAUUUCAGAAUACCGGUAUUUCGUGAUUCGGUAACUAUACCGUUGUUACCAAAAAUACCAUGCCACAGUAAUUACCGAUAUUACUUAAAACUUUUUUUUUCUUUUUUUUAUUAUUCUCAUCAUAAAUUACAUAGGAUUCCAAAAAAAACAUUGAGUUAGAUUACAUGAUUACCUAUCACUUUUAAUCUUUUAGCUUGUGUUAGAGAUGGGGAGUAAUAAUUAUUAAUUCAAAAACUAUACACAUUAUAUUAAGUGAGUAGCACAAUAAGUGAUAAAUGAACAAAGAAGUUAGUAAAAAAAAUAAAAGAUAUUACAAUUAAUAGUAAAUUAAUUAAUUACAUUCAAUAUCUCAAAAUUUAUAUAAUCAUAAUAAUUACAAACAUAAUUUAUAAAAUAGAUGUAAAAUUUUCUUAGGUUGAAACAUUUUUAAAUUCAUCGAAAAUGCUGAUUACAGAGUUACGGUGUUUUCGGUAAUUAUUGAAAAUAGAUACCAUAUAACUGUGAGUAAACAAUUACCAGAUACCCGUAUCAAGAAUUGAAAUACCUACCGUUAGCUCUAGAUUGUAGCAUUGUAAGCAUUCUACAAGUUUAGAUUUUAAUAUUACCUAUAAGUAAUAUUGUGUUUUAAUUUGUAUAUUAUAGCUAUGCCUAUGUUAUUGGAUUGAAUUGUUUGGUCUUUUAUUAUUAACGUAUUAACAAGGCCAUAACUAAAUAAACAGGCAGGUCAGCAAACUCGCGUAUUUUUUCUAUCACUGCGCAUGUGUUUAGUAAAUAUAUUGCGCUGUCUUAUUAUAUUUUAAAACAUUUUUUGAUCAUUUUAUUCCUCAUAUUAUUCGCAUGCAUGGAUUGAAAACUUUUAGUGCCAAGCCCUACUCGUAAGAUUAAGAAUAUAUAAACAAAUUUAUCGUAACGAAAAAAUAUAAUAUAUUAUAAUUUAUAACUCAAUACUAAUUUAGUCUAAUGAGUAUUAAUAUUUAUGUAAUCAAUUACUAUAUACUACUAUAAUACAAUACUAACCUUAGUCGAAAUUUAAUGUUCAAGACUGUUUGCGAUUUACCCAAAUUGGUGUUGCAUCUACGACAGUUUUAUAUGUGUGUAUUAAUAGCAUUAUUCCAAAUAAAACAUUAUUAUAUUCAUCUUAUAAGAACAAGGCAUAUCAUCACUGAAUUAACCGUAAUUAUGUAAAACGACUAAACAGCCGACUUGAUGAGCAUAUUGAAGUAGGGCAGCCAUAUGUCAAGAGGGGAAAUACGAUUGAUUAAUCCAUGAAAUGUCUGACUAUGUCAUGGAAUAUAAUAUUGUUUUAUAGUAAAAACCGCGAACUAAUAUAAAUAUCUUUGUUCGUGGUAAAAAUCAUUUACCUAUUACAUUAAAAGAUGAUUAUGUGAUUUGUAAUAAUCAUUAAUCAAUGUAACACUGUUUGGCUGUUAUUAUAUAAUUCAUGGAUAAAUUAAAUAUUACAUGGAUUAAUCAAUUGAAUUUUGCCCCCCUGACUUAUGGUUGCCAGACUACAUAGGUCUUAUGACUUAUGAGGCUGUACACGAGUCGGCUAUCUAGUUAAUUUUCUAUAUCUAUGGAGUUAACUUAACCAAUAUCUAUUAAUGUAUUAUAUAGAUAAUACACUUAUAUGUAUCUUCUCUGGAAAAAAACAUAAUAUACAAAAUAGUAUGAUAAAGGUACCUACUUAAUAAAAAUUAUAAAAUUAUAUUUAAUGUAUCUUAAUAUUUUAAAAUUAGUUUUAAGAGUGUUUUUUAAUUUUUUUUUUUGUAUGCUUCUUCGACCUAUAAGGUAUUACGUAAUUUAUGUGAUUUGUUUAAUUUAUUUAUUUUGGAUGAUAUACUUGUUAUUAACUUGUUUAAUUUUAUUAAUGAACCAUAUUAUGUACUUUUUAUAUUUUAUCACUAUAAUAUAAAUGUAUAAACUCUAAUGUCUAACGAAAACCAUAAACCACAUGUAGGUAUUGAAAUGUUUAAAACUUGGAUUGUAUCUAACUACCUAGGUACGUUAAUUUAAAUAAAUAAUUUUAAUUUCAUAUCUUUGAAUUUGUUUUAAAAGAUUGGAUAGUAAUUUUCAUCAUAACACUCUAUAAAUAAAAAUGUCAAUAAAUCUAUUGCAGUUAUACCUAAUUAAAUAUAUAUUAUACACUGCAUCGAUCCGUCAAAUUGUUCUCAAUUAUUUCACAAUGUACAAUUGCAGAUUAAUCUCAAGUUUCAAAUUUUAAAAACUAGUUCAAGUUUUUAAAUAUAAUUUAAAAAUCGAUCCCAAGUAAACAUAAAGAUGAAUUAAAAGCUAUUUUUCGAAUUACUAUCGCAUCUUUAUGUUAGUUUUUUUUUUAAUACCACUGGUAUAAAUUAUUACAUAUUAAUCGAAACUUAAAUCACCAAUUAAUUUUGUUAUUAAAUAUAAUACCUCAAAUAUAUACCUACGGUGACCGUGUCCCGUGUAUGGGUCCACUGGGCACUGACUAGGUUCGUUUUCGUGUGUUUGACGUACUUCCGGGUUCAAAGACAUCAAAUACCUACCUACUAAUGUCAAUAUAAUAAUUUACUGUUGAUAAAAACAAACCUCAAUACAUAUUACGUUCUCUAAUAUGCAAAACGCUCAAUAUCUUAAAAAACGUCGCUCAAAAAACCAUAUUGUAUUUUCUAAUUUGUUUUUUAUGUUUUUAUUGUUAACUUUAUUAUAUCACUACUAUAUAUUUAUGCAUUUGUAACUGUUUAAGCAUAAGCGGAACCACCGCCAUAAUCAGUAUUGUUUACCUAAAUAUAUAGGUAUAUAUUAUAUUAUUUUUUGUGAACAUUAAUUUUAAGCUAAACAAACUAUUAAUACUUUAUUCACUAAAAAAUUUUAAUUGUCUUACAUAUUACUAAAGGUAACUAUAGCGUUUAAUGAACAAACUAAUAAAUAAUAUAAGGUACCUAUAUUAUUACAUGUAACAACUUAAGUAUUCGUUUCGUUCAAUAUACACGCUUUAAAUAUAUAUAUAUAUAUAUUAGCAUAGUUACAAACAAGUCAUAUUAUAAUCUUUGUGUGUUGUGUCAAUUAUUAAUUACUAUAAUCGUGAUUUUU